AUGGCCUCCCCGCACCCCAACCUCGACGCCCUCCAGCGUGACGGCUUCGUCGUCGUCCGCAACCUCCUCACUCCCGCCGAAAUCGAGCACUAUCGAACCAUCGCCACGGCUGCCACCACCAAAGCCCGGACCGGCGGUUGGCCGCACUUCCGCACCGUCCCCAAGCAAUUCCCGCCCUGGCCCACCACCCCGCCGCCCGCUUCAGAGGGCGGCAUCUGGGGCGUUCAGCAUCUGCUGCACCCGGACAUGCCGGGUCGCGAGUCCUUUGCAAAGUGCUACUUCUCCGAGUCCAUUCUGACCGUUGCAGAGGAACUCAUGGGGGUGUCUGGGUCUGGGUCUGGGUCUGGGUCUGGGGGUGCCGAGCCGCUCGUCAUGGAGCUGUUCAAUCUGCUCGUCGCGCCGGAGACGAAGGACUUUGAGCUGCGAUGGCACCGUGACGAUAUCUCCGAGAAGGCCACGGCCGACGAGGAGCUCCAGCAGCUCGCUGCCAAGUCGCCCGGCGGCCGCCAGAGCCACGCGCAGUAUAACCUGGCGCUGUGCCCGGAUGCUUCGCUGGUGGUGGUGCCGGGCUCGCACCGGCGCGCGCGCACCGACACUGAGCGCAACGCUGCGCCAUACGAGCCGACGCUGCCGGACCAGCUGGUUGUGCAGCUGCAGCCUGGGGAUGCGGUGUUCUAUGAUAGCAAUAUACUGCACCGCGGCGUGUACAGGGGUAAGUUGGAGGGCGGAGAGGAGAGCCGGUUGACGCUGCAUGGGAGCCUUGGGUUGAAGGCGGCGGAUGGGGCUGAUGCGGAGACGAAGAAGGUGCGGGCUACGGCGGUGCUGCAGCAUGGCGUGGGUGCGUGGGUGCACCGGGAAGAUGCGGCGUUUGGCAUUGGCGAGAGACCGGAGAAGAUGAGGGCGAAUCUGGUGGCGAUGGGGAGUGGGGAGGGCGUUGGGUAUUCGUUGCAGGGAUAG